AUGUUUUUGUUGAGGACACUGCUACUGUCGAGUUUACUGUCUUUUCCACUCAUAUCAGCUAUUUAUGAAUUACGAUCUCGUGAGUUUCUUUUUCAAAAUGUAUGUCGCUUUUUUUUCCAUUUUACAGAACUUUUUGAUCUACCCUCUCUGAACGUCGAAACCGAUCAAUUGUAUCUUUACAAACGAACAUCUACCAAUCUGACAUGCGAACUGAGCGCCGGUUAUUCGGAAGCACGCAUUCAAUCGGUAAUCUGGCUGAAAGACCGUGAAAUUGUGGCGAUUAACGACACAGAUUACACAUGGAAAGGUUUCAUGUACGUUUUUUUUUCUCUUUGUCUUAACCAAUAAUAUAUAAUUGUUGUUUGAAAUCGCGUUAUGUUCAGCUUGACAAUUCACGGAACAAAGCCGCAAAACGAGGGAGAAUAUCAGUGUCUUGCCGAGAUCACACGGAUCCGCCUAUCAAAUCGACAACUGAUAACGACGACGCUCAUCUCGUCGCCGUUGAAAAUCCGACGCGCCAGGUUCACCAAGUUUGACAAUACACAUGUGAAUCAUGUGAGUUAUAUCAUUAUUACUUUUUUUCUGAAAAGGACAGUAGCUUUUUGGGUCCUUACAUAUCAAAAAGUAUGCAUUGUUUCAUCUCAUUGUCGCGUGACAUUUGACGAUUUGACACUAGGAGCAAGCAUGCCAUUCAUUCCUAUCUUUUUUUUGCUUGUGACACCCCACCCAUCACCAAGAUUGGCUCAAAAGGGUCCAAGGGGUUGAGCAUGAAGGACACAUGUAAGAAAUGUGAUAUCAUGUUGUUCUGAACACGAGGGGACUUGUUGAUUGAGCCGCAAACAUACAGUUAGAGAUGCUAAUCCUACCACCAUCUGCCCAGCACUCUCUUCAGUGAAACAUAUCUUUCAAGUUUAUUGCUCAUGUCAGAUGAGCUCGGCAAAUUCAAAUUAGCGCACUGGAUUAGGGAGCAUGAAAAUGAGGGAUGAGUUAUAAAGGGGUAUGUAACAACAAUAUGGGAGCACAUUAUUUCGACGGGUUUAUGUUUAAACACACGACAUAAUGAUCAUUAGGUCGUUGCGUUGCGCGCGAGGAAGGAGCGGUCUGUUCUGAGAACAUAUGGUAUUGGAAGCACAUAAUUGGGGGGAUAAGAUAGGUUUGUACAUAAAUGAGGCGUUUCCAUUAACCACAUUGGUCAGUGGGGACCAAUAGCUAUUCUGAAUUUCCGAUUUCACAACUGUAAAACUGAAAGUGAACUUGUCCGGUAGAAACGUCAAAAAUAAACGUUUUCCAUAUUCCAGCAUACAUUAAAAUUGUGAAACAUAAUUUUUCUUCUCUUCAGGCAGCUAUAACAGUCCGAGAAAAUGAAGUGGCACGUCUUCCAUGCGCUGGAAUGCCAGACGUCAUCCCUGCACCUGCGACCAUUUGCUUUCAACGUUUGGAAAAUGAAGAUGAAUGUCUAGGAGGGAAAAGUAAGCGUUCACAUCAAUUCCUGCAGCUAAUUCAUGGUUUCAGAUGACACCAAAUACUUUGUCACCAACACUGGAAUGCAAAUCUCUCUGGUGAAUGCGUCCGAUGCCGGUUUCUACCACUGCAUUGUCAAAAAUGAGUUCACCAACCAGAGCAGGAAGAGCCCAAAACCCGUACUUGUUAUUGUAAGUUCAUCAAAACGUUCUCCUACUCAAAUCCAAUGCUAAAUUUCAGGUAAACGAGAAUAACAGCACUGAAAAGGCGAGCGCAGAAGUGAUCAAACCAACUCUCGUGUUCCCAGCCAAAGAAACGACAAUUGAAAAGCCGAUAGAACUGGCGGUGGCCGAAGGAGAUGACAUCGUCCUCGAGUGUGUCAUCAACAUGGCAAAAAUCGUUUGGAUCAAACACAAUGACACGACACCGAAUGUGACAAUGGAUGAUAACACCUCUAGAUUCCAACAAAUCUGGGGAAACCUAAAAAUUCGAAGUGUCGCCCUCGGAGAUGCCGGCAUUUACUCGUGUGUGGGACUUCCAAUAGUCGGAGCAGACUCUGUGAUCGAUAAUAACAGUACUCGUCCGAGAAUUGACUACAAUCUGGUGGUAUAUUCACCGUCUGGAGUGCGUCUGUCAAUCACACCACAGUUUGAUAAAAGAUAUCUGGUAAGUGUUCGUAUUGGCCUCUUUCAAAAUAAUGUUUUCUUGAAGCUGGAAUGUUUGGCAACAAAUUUGCGCUACGAAAUUCCGACGGCCUUCAUCAACGGAACAACCAUAGUGAAAAACAUCGAUUCGAUGGGGAUUCCGAGUAAUACCAACUUUUAUACGAAUCCGGUUAGGGUACAUUUGGAAGUGAAACCUUCAUUCACUGGCAGUAUACAGGUAUAUUUAGAGAAACUGGCUCCAGUAACUUUCUCUUUUCAGUGUGUUUCCCGGCCUGCUAUGGUUGAGGCUGAAAUUUACGGUUUCGGAUUAGAGAGAGGAAAGUCUAUGAACAUGUUUGUGAUGAAUAACGAGAAUUCAAAUGAACUGAUUAUAACGGGACCGAACAAUGUCACGGUUCAAGUUGGUCAAACCGCUGACCUUCCUUGUGUGGUGCAAAGAGUCAAGGCAAGGUCAUGGAUGAAAAGUGAGUAGCAACUGUAGGAAGAGCUCAUUCAUAUUCAUAUGUUCUACAGAUAACCGAACAAUCUCACUGUUCACCAACCGGAGAACUAUCAUAGGAUCCAAUUCAUUGAGGAUUACACGUGUGGAAUCAAAUGACGAAGGCACGUACACUUGUGUGGCUCAAAGUGAAAGCGGCCACACGAGUCGGUCAUCGGCCUAUCUGACCGUAGUUGAUUACGCCACCACUCCAACACCAACCACCUCUACCGAACCGUUUUUGGAUAAGAAAAAGGAUAUGAAGAUCGAUGUGGAAGACGUUCGGGGAUUUGUGACCGGAACUGAAGUCAGAAUUCAAUGGUCUGUUCUGGGGAAAAUAGAGGCACUGACGAAAAUUGCCAAGUUCUUGUGAGUUUGUCUGCACAAAAGAUGAUGUAUUUACUAAGUUUGCUUUUUCAGAAUUGAAGCUCAACGAUUCGGAACGCCGGAAGAUUCCUGGAUGGAGGCUGAAACUGUAGAUUCCCACGUUCGCGCCACAACAAUCAAAUCACUGAUUGCGGAUAACAAGUACAAAUUCCGAAUCAAAAUGAUCCGAGAUGACGGCAGUCAUGUGACGAGUCAGCCGACUGAUUGGAUGACUGUGGAAGCGGAGAAUGGAGAUGUAUUGCCAAUGGCUCCGAAGGUUAGUUGCGUGACUUUUUUAUGAAGGGAUGGAGGGUAUCAAAGUUCACUCGUAGGUAGAACAUUUCGAAAUUCUAUCUCUCUCUUUUUUCUUUCUCCUCAAAAGCUUUCAGUUCACUUUGAAGCAAAAUAUCGACCUUGAAAGUGUUUUUCUGAACAAACUUUUCUCAUUUUCCCACAUCCGCAAUCAAUUAAUUCAUUUCCAGAUCCAGUCAGUUUACCAAUACACAUCGGAUUCUGCAAAAGUACUCUUCACGCACACGGCACUCAUCGAGAACGCGGCCGCCAAAACAUUUGUGAUCGUUUACAGCGAAGUGUCACCGGACCAGAAUAAAUCACAAGUGGUCAGUCGUUAUUUUCUCUUUUCCAUCUCAUCUCACCGCCAAUCAUCCAAAUCCUCUCAUUUUUCCGUCCAUUCUCAUCUUUCUCAAGCUCAUUUUGCUCUCGCGUCUCUUGAGCGAAGCCGCAUCCUUUACGACCAAAUCACUUCCAGACACAAGUUGACGGCUCGCAAAACGAGGCGAUCAUCACGGGCCUCGUCCUCGACACGCAGUACACAAUACGGGCGAUUGCCGAGAACGCAGCUGGAAAAAGUUUGAGCAGCUCUGAAUAUCUGUUCAACACCACUCGUAAGUUUUCCGCCGCUUUUUUUGUGCUUCCUCCUGACUUUUGGCCCUCGGAGCAUAUAUUUCCCACCACCGCAAACACACAAAACUCAUCUGAUUGCAACCAGAUGUCUAGGAAAUGGGACGGAUAUAAACGGAUGAGAGAAGAAAAGAAAAGGAACGGGCCCCGUUAAAGAGUGGGGGUUGCCAAACAAUUCUCUCGUUUUUGACUUACGUUUCCCAGCAGUUCGGGGUCGAGAAAUAUGUGUUUUCCGUUUUUCUUUCCAUUUCCAAGUCCACGUUCUCAAUUUUUUGCCAUAACACUUUGAAUUCCACAUGAAAAUCAAGUGAAAGGGAACGCACUAGUUCGUGUCAAUCAAAUUAGAGCCGCGUUCGUUUUUUGUCUCUCCACACAUUUCGUUGUGUUUGUGGAACGGCUUCUACGCCAAAUCAUCUUAACAUUCUUGCCUCUGUAAAUAGUGCCAAACAGUCACGGGAUGGUAGUUGUACCUUUUUCCCCAAUCUGUCAUUUUGUUUUCUGUUUAUCCAUAGCCGUAAUGAGGCUAAUUAUUUUGUCAGUAGAACCUAAAAAUAAACACAAUUAGCGUUGGAAGUAGCUCCUCAGCAGUAGGAUAAAGUAAACAUUGCGUUCCGUCUCCUCAUCCAGAAAAAAACUCACUUACCAUUGUUAUUUGUGUUUGCAAAACGGUAUGAUACUUGAAGAAUUGAAGAUGGAUCGAAUUUCAUUGAGGAAAGAGUACAGUAUCUCUUGAUAGAUGAAUUUUCUCACACUUUCCAAGUGUUUUAAUGUUUGAAGGAUUUUAUUCAAGAUAAUCGGCUCAGAUUUCAAGUGUGAACGUUUUUUGAACUUUGAAAUCGGAUAGAAUUUCCUAGAGACUCUCAGAAAAAAACGGAAUUUCUUCAGCCUUUCUAUAAAUUUGCGCACAAACGCUUCUAAAAGAUCCGUCAAUUUCCAUGACACCCCCUCAUUUCCAAUUUUUCUCAAUACGUUCUCCGUUUUGUUCCCGCCGCCACAGCCACAGAUUAUGUAUAAAUAUCAAUCUCGUAAAACGUUGCAAAAAAUAUGCAUAUAUUUCGGGGGCGAUGACUAAGAAUAUAUAGGACGUCUCAUCGUUUUCCACCGCUCUAUGUUUCACUUUUUCACCCUACGUCUCAUGGUCUCUUGUCGUCCUCUUGCCGGACAGGAAGGAGGGAGAGGAGGUGGUGUAACGUGUAUUACUCAUCACUUUUUGAAUCAUUCCCGUGUAGUUGAGUGCAAUUUUGAGUCUUCGGUGGGAAAUCACAAUAUCAACUGAUUGAAUUUUGAUGCUCCAUUUUUCGUACUUUUUACAGUAGUCACCCCUAAGAUUUGUCCUACCCAAAAGCUUAUUCACAUCUUUUUUUUCGCAAACCUUUUUUCUCCGACCGACAAAAGAGCCCCUCCAUUCACACAAAAGUUUAUGCAAAUGAUGUGUGCACCGGGUCAACCGGAUGUUGCACACGAAACGCCUAGAGGGCAGGCACCUCACUACCAGAUGCGAUGCCGUUUCGUAUAAAAUAAACUAUCUGUCACUCUUCUUUGUUUAGACUACUUUUGACACUUUGCGCAUUCAAAGUGAGCUGCACUUUUACGUUUUCUAUCGCUUCCGGUCAAAUGUUCAAGUUCUCAUUUUACAUAAUACAAUGCGGGGUGAUGAGUGGCACACGCUUGUGAGAACCCAUUACUAAUGUUACACUUGAGCAUCAUUACGCCUGCAUCUUUCGCUCUUAUCAUUCUCAGAUUUGAUCUAUCCAUUCCGCACACAUCCACUUGCCACCGGGUUUGCUUGCAGCAGUUAGUACUAAAGUGUAGUAGCAAUCAAUCAAACAGGAUGUUCAUUUCAUUUCACAUUUGAAACUUGUCCCCCCGUUUCCGUUUCACACAUUUGUUCAUUCAUGUAGACAUGGAAGAUCCUAGAUAGAUGCAAAAAAAAAAGUAGGACAGAAUCCAUCUCUUCAUUUUUUGUUCGAAUGAAGGACGAAUGAGAUUGAAGUCCUUCUUUCAGUGUACUGAUCCGUGAGGUGUUCCCGUGCGACACUUUAUCACUUUGAUGAAUGGUGUUGAGGUGCAUUGGCCAGUGCAUUUCCAACUCACUUUAUCACCUCUCCUUUCAGCCUUUUGCUCCGGGUUUACAGAUUUUCCAGAAAACUCGGAAACGGUUUCCAGCUGUCUUAUUGCAGUUUUCAGUAAAAUGCUGUUCCACUCGGUUCGAACUCUAAAAAUAACCACACCCUUAUCAGUAUCACAUUCCACUUUGGAAACGUUUAGUGCGUGACUCAUCUUACUUAUUUUCCAUACAUCAAUCUACCAUUCUUGUACCUAUGAUCACUAAUUUCCAGAAAGCGGAAUGUUGUCAUCAGUGCGGAUCUUCUUCGGAUCUCUCGAACCGCACAUGACCGUCAAGAAUGUUGCACUCGGAGGAAUUGUCACUUGUCUCGCGCUUAUCAUCGUUCUGGUCUGUCUGUUUGUGUUCUGCAAUUUGAGAUCGGGAAAAGGACGUCAAAAGAGUCAAGGUAUCACAUUUCUCGGAGUAAUUAUAGUACGUUUUUUUCUGUUUUGCAGCCAACGGCAAAUUUUUGGACACCUCCUAUCGCAUUUUCAACGAGCAAAAAGUGCAUAAAUCACGAAUGUUCGACGACAACGCCGAGAUUCUGGAGGCAGACGUUGAUGAAUGUUCUCCGUUGAAAGUGGUGAGUCACAUUACUCAUUUCGUCGUUGGGGGGGAGUCAGGUGUCAGAGGGUGAGACAAACAACAAAAAAACGAUUAAUUUAUUGCAGCGACAAAUCGAGGAGAGAAGAGAUUCGGAUAAGUACGGGUUCAACAAUCAUGAGGAGAAUCUGCCGAAUCUUUAUGGAAACGCGGAUGAUAUUAUGGAUACGAGCCCACAAACGAAUGAGCCGACAUACGUGUCCGCUUCCAAGUUGAACGGCGAUUACGGUGUUCACUCAACUGCCAGAUGCUACUCCCCGGAAAGUCGGACUUCACAUGAAAUGCUGGUAUCCUACUCCCGAAGUGCUCCACAUUCCACCGCCAACAGUUCAUCUCCACAGGUAUGCUCGGCGAAACGUUUCAGACAGUUUUUUGGAUGCUCACAUGCACUUUGUCAGUUAAUAGAAGGGAUUUCUCAUUUCUUGACUGUAUUUGGAAAAAAAACUACUCUACAUAAUUGUGUCUAAAAGAUUGACUGAUUUUUUCAACAUUUCUCAAGAAAAACUUUAUUGAUUUUUCCAGAUGAACGGCUCUAUGCAACGCGUCAAGGCGUACAACUACCCGGAUUCCCUCCUCUACUCCCCAGCCGGAACGACUUCUUCUAUCGCCGAAACGAACAGUAGUGGAUUGGUUCCGAUCAGAUCUCACUGCGAUUCACCGAAUCAUACGCCAGCGUAAGCCAAGAAACUAGGUGAUAUUCAGAAAGUUUUGAAUUUUUAGAAGCGAUGAAAGCGACCAGGGCAUCAGAUGUGGCGGAUCAUCAAGAAACAGCCACAUUUCCUCGACAGACGGUUCGAAAGUGAUGACGAUGGGCACAUUCAAAGGAUCAACGCCCACCAGCUCGUUCAUGAGCACAUUCGACAGAAGGCGCUCGGAAAAUGUCGCUUAG